CCUUUGUUGAUGUUUACUUUUUUACUUUUCCAAUAAACAUAUUUUUUGAAUGACGUCUUAAUUAUUUAUUAGCAAAAUAUGCCAAUAAAUGAAGCUGAAAAAAAGCUAUUGGAAUACAGGUUGAAGAAAGAAAGAGAAGAACGUAGAGAACUGCUUAAAGUAAAACUGAAAAGUAUGCUUACAAGCCCCUGGAGGAAAAAACAUGAGAAAACUGAGGACAAUGAAUUAGAUACAUCUUUACUACCUUCUCCAGCUAGCUCAAUUCCAGAAUCAGAAGAAGUAGAAGACAAUCUGUCAGACUGUGAGGCGUCUCCUCAGCCCCUAACGGUCUUUGACUACAUACAAUAUGUGUUAUGGUUUAUCUUAUGGGUGACGGUUUAUGCCAUCUUUAUCAAGCUAGAAUUUGGAGUUAUAUAUUUAAUUGUUUCGGGUUUGGUGGGCAUGUAUCUUAACACAAGAACUGGGCCCAAGAAAAAAAAUGAAAUUAGUGCCUAUUCUGUUUUUAAUAAGAAUUGUGAAAAGAUUGGGGGAACUUUAGAUGGAGAAAAGAUGACUCAGCAAAUGUUAUAUGGUGGAUUUGUUAGAUGAGAUCUUAAGUAUUUAAUUAUAAAUUGUGAUAUUUUUAUGAGAGUGACUAUUUUGCUAACUGAUUAGUGAAUGGUAUAUUUUUUGUUCCACUUAGCAGUUUUAUUUUAACAUUUGAAAUUAAAUGAUAGAAUUCACACAUAUUUCAAUUUUGGUAGGUAAAGUAAGGGAUCAUACUCAAAAAAUAAUGUUCAUUAACCAGUAACAUAAUAUAAUUGGCAGGAUAGACACUAUAUCGAAGGUUAUGUGGUGAUGCCACAUAAAUACAUUAUGUCAUAUUUUACAGGAGGAGCAAAACACUGUUUUUAAAAUUGGUAUUGAAAGAUAUUUUAGAAGUUUAGGUGUUUCAGUUUUUAUUAGAUCAUUAAAUAGAUGUUUCCUCAAUUUUGAGCUAAAUUUAAUGAUUGGUCAGGAUGGAAUCCCCAAUAUUCUUUUAAAAAACUGUCGAUAUGCACUAUCACAGCCACUAUGUAAACUUUUUAACUUAUCUCUUAUUUCUGGAACAUUUCCAGACAUAUGGAAAGAAGGUUAUAUUUCUCCUAUUUUUAAAUCAGGGUCAAGGGAUGAUGUCAGAAAUUAUCGUAGUGUGUCCAUAGUGUCAUCCAUCCCCAAAAUUUUUGACAGCCUUAUGUUUGCCCAUUUAAAUUGGCAAUGUAGAGAAAUUAUUGUUGAGGAACAGCAUGGUUUUAGAGGUGGUCAGUCCACUCUUACAAAUUUACUCAUAUACCACAACAAGUUGUCAGAUGCCUUGGAGAGGGGGUAUCAAAUUGAUGCUGUAUAUACAGACUUCUCCAAGGCGUUUGACAAGGUAAAUCAUUUGUUAUUAAUUGAAAAAUUGAGAAAUAUAGGUUUUUCUGAUAGAUUGCUAAAAUGGUUGCUUAGCUUUCUUAGUGAUAGAAAGCAAGUGAUUAAACUUGGUAAUUUUAUAUCUAAGGUGAUUGAAGUUUGUUCUGGAGUGCCACAAGGCGGACACUGCUCUCCUUUACUAUUUAGUUUGUUUGUUAAUGACCUUGGGGAUGUCUUGGAGUGUUGUGAAUUUUUAAUGUUUGCUGAUGACCUCAAACUUUUCUUGGUUAUUAUGAAUGAACUUGAUAUCAGCCUCUUACAGAAAGAUCUUGAUAGCCUUUCUCUGUGGUGCCAAAAUAAUUUGUUGGAUUUGAAUAUUAAUAAAUGCUUCCAAAUUUCAUUUCAUAGGAAAAAAAGUAGGAUACCAUCAUUUUACACAAUUAACGGCCAGAAACUUCAAUUAAAGGAUGUUGCUAAGGAUUUAGGAAUACUGUUUGACACGAAAUUAAACUUCUGCAAUCAUAUAGACCAAAUAGUAGUAAAAGCUAAUAGAAUGUUGGUUUUACGCUUAGAAAUUGUGAGGGGUUAUCAUUGCAAGCUGUCAAAUCUGUAUAUGUGGGAUUGGUACGAUCACAGCUUGAGUAUGGCUCAAUUAUCUGGACUCCCCAGUAUAAUGUCUAUAAGUCAUUACUGGAGAGUGUGCAAAACAAAUUUUUAAAAUAUUAUAACUACAUGUUUAAUUUAGAUCUUAUUGCUAAUCAUGAUUAUUCCCAAAUAUUGAAUUAUGUUAAAGUUUUGUCUUUGGAUAAAAGAAGAACAAUGUUUGGUACGAUCACAGCUUGAGUAUGGCUCAAUUAUCUGGACUCCCCAGUAUAAUGUCUAUAAGUCAUUACUGGAGAGUGUGCAAAACAAAUUUUUAAGAUAUUAUAACUACAUGUUUAAUUUAGAUCUUAUUGCUAAUCAUGAUUAUUCCCAAAUAUUGAAUUAUGUUAAAGUUUUGUCUUUGGAUAAAAGAAGAACAAUGUUUGACAUCUGUUUUAUCUAUAAGUUGUUGAAUGGUAUUACAUCCUGUCCGGAUUUACUUUCCCAAGUUAAAUUUUUUAUUCCUCAGAGAACACUUAGACAAAAUAAUUUAUUUCAUAUUGGGUUCCAUAGAACCAAUUAUGGUAAAAACUCUUUUUUGGAGAGAUCUCUAGAUUUUUUGGAUCGGGAGGAGAGGCUAGAUGUUUUUAGCAAUUCAUAUGGGUCUUUUAAGGGUAGUUUAAUGAAAAUUUUGAAUACUUAGUAUUGUUCAAUUAAUAUGUUGUUUGAUGGGUAAACCAAGUGAGAAUUUGUGUUCCUAAUCUAUUAGUUAAUACAGAGAUAUUUUUUUUUGUUUAUUUACUUUAGAGCCUUUUUUUGAGUUAAGUACUUUAACUCUUAAUAGUUUAAGUACGGAUUAUUAAUUAUUGACAUAACUGUAUUUUAUAAUUUUUUUUUUGUAAUGGGGGUUUCCCGUUUAAUGAAUAAAAAAAAAAAAAAAAAAAAAAAAAAAAAAUUUAAGAAUUCUUAUUUUUUUUACAGUAGAUACGGGAAAUCACUUUUACCUGAACAUAUGAAAUUGAUAGUUACUUGAUGUCACAUAGCUAGAAAUAAGUACAAACAAGUUGAGGGAAAAAAUAUUGCACAGAAAAAAUUAUAUAACUAUUUUCUGGAUAUUAUAUAUAUAUUCAAAAAAUAAAAAUGAGUACAAAAUAGUUGCUAUUUUUACUUUUCAACAUGAGGUAAGUUGUCAUAAAAACUAUGGCAGUCUUUUGGUAUCACAGCCUUUAGUUGUUGAAGAUGAUCCCAUUUUUGUUUUUUUAUUUUUAUAGGCUGGUUUCUCAAUUGAGGGAACAAUAACAAAUCAUGUGCAGGUUUGCUAUGGUUUCUUCUUUCUGGAAGAUUCUGGAAUUCUUCUUUAAAAUCUAGUUUGAUUUGAAUGUUACCAUCUGACGUGUAUUUUAUUACUUUUAUGUCAUUUACCGUUGGAUCAUUGACUUUUUUGCCUGGUCUUAUGGAUGAAUAUUUCUGGUUUACAGAGUAAUCCUUUACAAAAUCAUAGGUGAUGUUUUUAACAAUGUAGGGAUUUUUUCGUCUCGCCUCUUGUGUUAUUCUAAUGUAGUCACUAGGUAAAAAAAUUGAUUUAUUCUUGAUAUUUCGUUCAAUUAGUGCAUGUACAGAAUCAGCUUCCAUUUGGGUAUGCCCCUUUUCUAGAAAUUUUUGGAAGAUUAGAGAGUUAUAUUUUUGUUGAUGCUUAAGCUUAAUAGAGCAUUCAACAAUACUGAAUUCUUGUUCUGAUAACAACAUCCGUCACUCCAUAUUAUGACAGAUUUUGAUACGUCUUGCAAAUUUAAAAUAUAGUCAACUAAACAGGAAGCGAAUGUAUCAGCAGUUAGGUCUGCUUCCAUUUCAGUGAACCAGUAAGAUAAACAAUGGUGUGUGUUUACAUCAAAAAUGGUAAAAUUGUGACACACAAGCUUUGUCUUAUAAUAUAAUGCAGAGGCAUUUAAAUAAGGACAGACUUUUACAGCUUGAACAUCUUGGGUCAAUACAAUAGCUUGACUUUGUUCUCCUGAUAGUUUGUCAUUGUUCUUUUCUUCUCUGGCUGAAUUCUUCUUAUCUAUGUGACACUGAUAAAUAUUCUCGUCAAUAUUUUUAGUUUCAAAGCUACAGCAGGUAUCACAUUUAUCCUUCUUGGGUUGUUGGAAUGAAAUGUUUUUCUCUUUAACAAUGGAGUCAAAUGUAUAUCUACAAAGUCGUUUUAUGCUGGGAUCUUUUUCUCUACAAUCCCUUGAGUAUUCCCUAUAAACUGAUGCCAUUGAAUCUCCAUAAAUUGGUUCGACAUACAAUUUAUUAGUCGAUUUCCUGCAAUAGUGGGAAGGAAGCUUCGGCAAUAAAUCCAAGAAAUCUAUGAGACAUUGCUUUGAGAGAUCAAUAUUUUUUGUUGUUGGUUCUUUUCUUUUCAUUUCACACCUAGAUGUAUUUAUAGCAUCUUGAGAUGGAUGCAUACCAGAUAAAGAUUGAGAUACCCAGUGAGAGACGGUCCAUUCUUUUAGGCCAAAGGUUGAUAAAAAUAACUUUUUACAUACUGAUAAAACUUGUCCAUCUAGAGAUUUUAUAUUGUAUUUUAAGCUACUUGAUCGUCUUGAUGUUUUUCCUGGGGUUUUUGUCGAUCUUGCAAUAUGAGAUUUGGUUACUAGAGUUGAAAUGUACACCUUUUUUUUGUCCCAGGUCAUAUUUGACCAAAAUUCUUGAAAUAGCUUCUGUCGGUCUUCUUCAGUAAUCGCAUUGCAUUUCCUAGUUUUUGAUUUUAAACAAAGUUUUAAUUCACACACCUUGGUCCGAUUUUUCUUUCUUGUCUUUCAGUUCCCCGUUUAGCUGGUGUAUUUUUUGGUCUACUCCAUCCUGCGUAAGCCUUUCCAUGUUGUCUUAACUUUUUAUUUUUGUUAUCAUUCCACUCUUCUUUUACUGAUAAGCGCUUUCUUUUAUUGCACUUUUCAUCAUCAUCUGAAUCUUCUGAGUCAUUCUGUUCUGAGCCAGAAAUAGGAACAUAUUUUUCAUCUUUAUCGUUGACACUAUUAGGUUCUUCAGAAUAAUGUGCCUCGUUUUCUAUCUCCAUGUCGGGAAACAGAUUAUUUUCAAACUGAUUGAGCCUUGGAAUAUAUUCUGUGCAUACCUCACCCAAAAGUGAACUAUCGUUUAACAAUAGAGUUGCGUUAUUAAUGGUUCUUCCCUCAAAUUGAAUAACAUCACGAGUUUCUUCUUUAUCAGAAAAUACGUCAGUUUCAGUUUGAGAUAGUACAACUAUUCUGCUGUUACAGGGCUCUUUGGUGUAAAUUCUGUUAUUUAUGUUCUCUUCCAGUUCAUCCAACCAUUCACAUUCGUCGAGAUUAAUGGACUGAUUAGAUGAUCUUUCUAGUGAAUCUACAUUAGUGGGGAUGGUUAUUUGAUCAUUAAUGGUUUUUAAAUUUUCUAAUAUUUUUUGGGUUCUUGACGAAUAAAUAUUUUGUCUAGAAGCCAUAUGUGCCAGCUUUUAUCUGCAACAAAACGAACACUUUUUUCAUGCUGCCCGCAUAAUAUUAAGUCACCGAUGCAAAAUAAACUUUUUAUCUACUUUCAUUUAGUAAUAUGAAUUUUACAGUUCUUUAAAUUGUUUUGUAAUUUGUACACAAUUAUGUUGCUGGUUUGCAUCGCCGACCAAAAAAGUUUUUGUGUGUUUUUUGUGGCAGUUUAUAAAUAAAGAACGUAUAAAAACAAACGUAAAAGCACUAUUUUAGCUACAAGUUGUAUAGAACACUAUUUAAAAACAAAACAAAAAACGACCCAGGCAAUCUAAAAACGCGUAUCUACAGUGUUUACUGCGAAAUUUGUUCGAAGUGAUACCACGUAUCUGCACUUAAUCAGAAUAAUCUACAUUAGUCAAACUUAAUCAAAAUAAAAACAAUAAAUAACAAUGCGAACGACUAAAAAACUACUUGCUAUGUAUUUUAAAACAAAAAAAAGUAAUUAUUUUGUGCAAGAUAUUUCUAGAAUCGUCUACUUACUGCUCAACCACCACACAAUACAAAACAAAGCACUGGAAUGCGGCACAUACGAGUCCUCACAAGUUUAAUAUUCGAUGCGCAGUUACUGGUUGUCACUGCACGUACACUUUCUCAAACCGCACUGAUUAUGUCGAUAGGAUAUAUCACCAGAAACACAGAUAUUUUUUUCUAAAAAUUUUGAUGGGUAUAUCUCAUUUUGUUAAAAAAAUGUAGAUACGAGGUAUCACCACAUAACCGUCGAUUUUUUGAUACAUGCACACCUGAUAACACCUGUUAUUUGUCAUUUUAAUUUGACAAGAGCAUUAAUUUUAAAAAGUUUACAGCUAAUAAUAUUAAUAAUGAUUUUGAAUUGUGUGGCCCUAGAUGACUUGAAGGCCAUUUUUAAAAAUAAUUAUUUAUUGAUGAAGAUCGUUAUUUGGAACCUAGGAUAUAUAUUUUUUGUGAUACAGCAAUUUGGCUUAAUAUACCUUAUUAUAUCUGCAUUAUUUUUGAUCUACUUGAGCACUAGUACCAAGCCAAAGAAGGAAAAUGAGCUUAGUGCAUAUUCAGUUUUUAACAAGAAUUGUGCAACCUUAAAAAGCUUACAGGACCUGGUAAACAUUCAUGAUGGAGAUAUUUGUAAAAAUUGUAAAAUGAAGUAUCAGUGAGCGAAAUUAUUUUUUAUGUUAUGUUCUUUUUAUCAAUAUAAAGUUUUAUUGUU